AGUCUACACUCCACAGUCCCUGGCUACCAGAGGUCUACGGUCCUUCAGUGACUCUCACUGUAACCAUGAAGCUGGUGUUCCUGCUCGCCUGUCUUCUGGCGGUGGCCGUCGCCAGCGGCUACUACGACGAUGACGACUACGACUACGGCUACGGCUACGGCCGCUACGGCGGCUACAGCCGACACUACGGGUACAGUCGGUACUACCCCGGAUACGGCCGCGGAUACGGAUACAGCCGGCACUAUGGAUACAGCCGGCGCUACCCAGGCUUUGGAUAUAAAUACUUCUUCUAAACGGAGCUCAGCAAGACAGCCUAUGGCAGCGUCACCCGUUCAAAACUGCCGGCAAAGUGAUGGCUGAAAGACAGCAUGAUCGACGCUUUUGCGAUACCUAGGUUAGAUUGAAUAAGGAAAGGAUACAUUAUCUGCUCAUUAUAUGACACAAAAACAACAACGUACCCACAUACAAAUCACCACCCAUGCACUAACGCACACAGACCACAAGUUACUACUUUCUUUUCUUCAGCCACACUGGGUGUUCUUGAUCUCCUUUUAUAACUUCGAGUUCCGUUAUAGGAUCUAUGCUAUCUAUGCGUUUCUGUUUCGCUUAGUGUUCCGUGAAGUGGAAAUAAACGUUCAA